CAGGGUAGCAUUGCACUCGAACCCAAACCGAAUUCGACUGGUAUGACUACUAGCCAUGGCGAUGGCGGCUUCCUUUUAGCCCGAGGCUUUGGGAGAAGCUAUAUACUAUUAUAUAUUAGUUGAGGUAAUCAUUGUUAUUCAUAGGCCGCUGUCACAAAGAGCUACAGCACCACCUAGUAGAAGAAUUAUAGGCAAAGAAAGUGGAAGGGUGAAUUGCAGGGAGAGGGGAGCGAGAUUUGGGCAUAGACAACGUGAUCACGCAAUUUCUGCAAGACAGCGCCAUUCUUUAUUUUAUUAUAGGCUCAUGUAAGGAGAGUUCCCCUAGAAGAAGCGUACUGCAAAAUAGCAUAAGUACGUAGUAGAUAGGUGUUUGUUGAGAAGGAAUAAUGAUAUGAUAUGAGGGAACAUCAAUUACAGAUGGAUGUUCUAGAACAAUGGCACGGGCCGGCUUGCCAAGACGGAUGAGCUCAUCGUCACCAACCUCCUCCAAGGCUCCAAGCUACACUCUGCUUCCCGCUUGCUUGCUGCCAAACCCUCACGCUCACGACGUUCCUUAUGUUGAGAGGCGAGCUUCUAGAGUGGUUGUUUGGGUUGAUCUAGUCCUUUGGAAGCUUUAAUCGUCAUUUUCUCUCCCUUUUGACGCCGGCCCGCAAGAAGCUAAACACCAGUAGCUAUGUGGUCGUCAUGCUGCAAAUCGAGAAAAGCUACCAGUGGUGAAACACAGCCUCUUCUCCCCCAGAAUCAUGAUUACGACGAAGAUACAGCCCUGCAGCGUCAGCUGCACGAGAAAUUGCGCACCUACCAGAUGCUCAAGGCCGUCCGUAGCGGCUACAUGCCCUCCACAGCCCAAGUCGUCUCCCACCUCCACGUUCUCCUUGUCUCUAGCCUUCUCAACCCGGAACCUCUAGCUAUUGGCAACACCAGUCGAGGAUUGAUUAAGGAUGUUAAACUUUGUAUUAGUCUGCUCAUCAAUCUUCUACAAGAGAAGAAUGGUGAUGAUCAGCUCCAAAAUGCCAUUUGGCAGCUGUCCAAGUCGACGGUUGAAGUUGAUACCGCAAGUCUUGCUUCCAGGGGUGCAGUUGCGAAGGCUCAGGCUAAUACUACCGCCGCUCGCGAGAGUAUUCGUACCGUUGCCGGUCUCUUGCUUACCAAUUCCGACUUCCGACGAUUAGUCGACGACUUGGCUACAAUCGGGCGGAUGAUAUUUGCUGAUACUGCGUCUGCAUUGUCUUCCGCAGCUGCCGACGUUGCGGAAGAAGUGGAACCUUCUGAUGAAGAGCGAGCCAAGCUACAACCUGGCAACUCAGAGAGUAAGGGAGCUCCUUCUUCGAGGGAUUUAAGGCACGACCUAGAACAGGUUUCCGGAAGUGCUCGUGAGGCAGUGGCACAAACCGGUAAGGCUGCAGCCCAAAGCACAGAGGAGAAUGUGGUUGGACACUACAAAAGCACGUUACUCUAUAGGGUGAAGAAAACCGUCCAGAGCCUACGCAAACGGGAUGACUAUACCACCUCUGUAUCGAGCAUCACGAAAUUGAUUAAGCAGUAUGGGAUAAUAUACUCUCGUGCUGUAGAUGAAACAGCCAAUGCUGCUGUGGAAGAGGUUGAAGAGAACUCAGACCUCAAACAGGCGGUGCAAAACUUAUGGGACUUGGUCGGCUCCUUUGGAGACCGCAAAGAAUGGCAGCUUGUGGAAAGGAAAUUCUACGAAGUGGUCAAGCACUCUGAGAGUGAUCCAGAAUUUGAAUCACUAUUGAAAGAGAUUGGGAAUUCUAUCCAGGGCCUCUUCACGGACCCUGGCUUUUUCGACUCAGCAGAUGAGACGGUUGAACUCCUGAAACAGAAGUCUAGAGAUAUUGGCCCAGACUCCGCUCUUCGUCAGGAUGUCGACGCAUUUUUACAGCAAUUGGGCCUUGCCUUAUCAUCAGUACUCCAAGACAACGCUGUAGCCAAGCUGCUAACAGUCGCAAAAAAGCUUGGAGGCGACUUGUCCCGAGCCUUUCACGACAAAGCUCCCGCAGUCUCUGAAGAUGCUCUCAACGUACUCCUCCCCACCUUGAUCCGCUCGAUCCAGCAUAUACCAAUUCCUAGACUAGAGGUCUCUACGCCAGAGCUAGACUUGCUACUUGAGAACGUGGUGCUGGAACCAGGCAGUACUUUCCGCUCCUCGUCCUUCUUUCCCUGGAAGGUACUUGUCACCACCCGUAAUGAUCUAGAGAUCCAAAAAGCGCAUUCUAAAGCUGCCCACACAACCGUGAAAAACGUCGUUACUAUAACGAUGAAUGGCCUCAACAUAAGCGCAAAAGACUUCGGCUACUGGAUCCGCGUCCACUCCGCACCAUAUAUUUCCUCCAGCGAUGAAGGUAUUGCCAGCUUCACCCUCGACGAACGAGGGAUCGACAUCUCCCUUGACCUCGAGAUUGGACGUGAUCGCAUUGAGCGAUUGGUGUCUCUGCUCGCUGUUCGCGUCCACAUCCACAAGCUCGACUACACGGUGCGCAAAAGUACAUGGUCCUUCAUGUGGUGGGUACUCAAGCCGUUCCUCAAACACAUGAUCCGCCGUGUGCUAGAGAAGAAGAUCGCCGAGAAGAUUGUUGCGGCAGCACAUAUCCUGAAUCGAGAACUUGUGUUUGCCCGCGAGCGCCUGCGCGCCACAAGAAUUUGCAGCCCCCAGAGUCUGGCUACCUUUGCACGAGCUAUUCUAACGAGCUUGAGUCCUAAAAUGGACCCGGAUGUCUAUACGCGGGUCGGGUUAGAUGCGCACCGUCAGGGGAUUUUCAAGGAUGUGUAUACGCCUGCGAGCGUGAUGAAGAUUUGGAACGUCGAGGGGCAACGGGCUGGAGAAGCAGUUGAGGAUGGAGAUCAGAGUGGUGGUGUUCAUAUGACAUGGAGGAAUGAUGUAUUUGACGCUGUAUCUUCCUCACCUAGGACAUUCCACUGAGGUCCUUAUAUUGAUAUGACUUUUUUCUUUUUUUUUACCUCUUGAUUUUAACCAGUCCCAUAUCCCAUCCUCCUUCUACUUGCAAUUCUAUUCUUUCUCUGCAUGUCGACUUUCGUCUCCAUAAUUAUGUUUGGUCCCUAUUCCACCCGUACCACGAUCGAUUGUUUGCUCACGGCCUCUGCCUUGAUAUAUUUCUUGCGAGGUCAUCCCUAUUUUCGCUUUGAACUAAUUCUAAUGGACAAAUAACGCAUUCCUCUUUCAAGUUUGAUUCACAUCUACCCGUCAACACUCAACUGGAUGACACAGAUACGAUUCCGUAGCCAGAAGUUAACUGCGCAGCCCUAUUAUAGACACGCUCUCCACUUCGGACGCUGAAUGGUUCAUAAUUAUAACAAAGCUAGUACUAAUUCAAAAUUAUCAUGACCUGCCUACCUACUAUCAUUCCAGCCUUGAACAACAACCAUCUGAACCAACAUACAAUUUCUGUACCUACUCCAUAAUAUCACUAUUCAAAGUUCCAAAACGAACCUCCUUGCUCGCACGGUAUGCCUUGGUAUUUAUGUACCUCAUUUCGCCAUUCGUCCCCAAACAGAUAGAUUUAUCUAACAAUGAAACCUUUCUCAAUUCAGAGGGAGCAAACUUACUGCGAUUCUCAACCCUACACUAAUUGCCCCAGGGCCCAGGUACACAUGAACCCUCUUCCCCAAAGCCACUGGCCGGGGCUUGCAGAACUUUAAUGACUAGCGCGUACGCUCCACGGGAGCCUUAAACCACCCCCCCCCCGAAAAC